GAGAAAAAGAUAUUGUGAACCAAACUCAUAACUAACUUUCAGAUACAGACUUCUAAUUAACUGGGAGAGACAGAGAUAAAGUCUGUAUACUCUAUAGUUGGUUUGCAAUAUUUUCUGAUAACGUGGUGAUAAACUAAUCAUGGAAGAUCAGGUCAUCCCCAGCAAGAAUCCGGAUCCCGUCGAUCAGAAGCCGACCAAUGAAAAGCCACCCGGAGUUAAUAGAUACGCUCUUCAGUGUUCUAUUGUCGCCUCUAUCGUCUCCAUCAUCUUUGGUUACGAUACUGGUGUUAUGAGUGGAGCAAUGGUGUUUAUUGAAGAAGAUCUAAAGACUAACGAAGUUCAGAUCGAAGUUCUCACCGGAAUCCUCAACCUUUGUGCCCUUUUCGGAUCAUUACUCGCUGGAAGAACAUCGGACAUAAUCGGACGUCGUUACACAAUCGUCUUAGCUUCAAUACUGUUCAUGUUAGGUUCAGUAUUAAUGGGCUGGGGUCCAAAUUAUCCCGUUCUCCUAACCGGUAGAUGCACAGCCGGUCUAGGCGUCGGUUUUGCUCUAAUGGUUGCUCCGGUUUACUCAGCCGAGAUAGCAACCGCUUCACAUAGAGGACUCUUAGCUUCUCUUCCUCAUCUUUGCAUCAGUAUAGGGAUUUUACUAGGUUACCUAGUCAAUUACUUCUUCUCCAAGUUACCAAUGCAUAUCGGUUGGAGACUGAUGCUCGGCAUAGCUGCGAUCCCCUCGCUAGUGCUAGCGUUAGGGAUCUUGAAAAUGCCGGAGUCUCCACGGUGGUUGGUCUUACAAGGCCGUCUCGGAGAAGCCAAGAAGAUACUGAAGUUAGUAUCGAACUCGCCUGAAGAAGCUGAGAUACGGUUUAAAGACAUCAAAACCGCUGCUGGAAUCGACGCAAAUUGUGAAGAUGAAGUUGUGAAGAUGGAGAACAAGAAGACUCACGGUGAAGGAGUGUGGAAAGAGCUGAUCUUAAGACCAACACCUGCGGUAAGACGAGUUCUUUUGACUGCGUUAGGGAUUCAUUUCUUCCAGCACGCCACGGGUAUCGAAGCCGUGCUUUUAUACGGUCCGAAGAUCUUUAAGAGGGCAGGGAUCACGGCUAAAGACAAGCUUUUCUUGGUUACAAUCGGUGUCGGAAUCAUGAAGACGACGUUUAUCUUCAUAGCGACUUUCUUGCUUGACAAGGUAGGUCGAAGGAAGCUUUUGUUGACCAGCGUUGGAGGAAUGGUUUGUGCGUUGACGAUGUUAGGGUUUGGGCUCACGAUGGCUCAGAACUCUGGCGGGAAACUAGCUUGGGCUUUGGUAUUAAGCAUAGUUUCUGCUUAUAGUUUUGUUGCGGUUUUCUCUAUUGGGCUUGGGCCGAUAACUUGGGUGUACAGCUCUGAGGUGUUCCCGUUGAAGCUUAGGGCGCAAGGAGCGAGUCUUGGAGUUGCGGUGAAUAGAGUGAUGAAUGCUACGGUGUCCAUGUCGUUUUUGUCGCUGACUAGGGCGAUAACAACCGGAGGAGCUUUCUUUAUGUUUGCUGGAGUUGCGGCGGUGGCGUGGAACUUCUUCUUCUUCCUAAUGCCGGAGACGAAAGGUAAGUCGCUUGAAGAGAUCGAAGCGCUUUUUCAAAGAGAUGGUGAUAAUAAAACAAAAGGAGAGAACGUCACCGUUUAAUAUGUUUGUGUUUUUCUUUUUGUUUGCCACUCUCUUUUAGCGUUUGCGAUGUUCUUUGUGUGUGGCUUUUAUCAUAAGCCAACGGUCACGUUCGGCGCACAGUUUUAGUAUUUGUUAACAAUUUAUGAUCAACGACUCAUAAAUCGCCAGUUUUUUAGCGUU